AUGGCUCCCCACAAGCCCCAGCCCAAGAAGCUCAAGCAUCCCCCCCCUGCUGCUCCCCCUCCUGCCCCUGCUACUCCCCCUCCUCCUCCUGCUUCUCCUCCUGCUCCCCCCUUGGACAACUCACUCUCCUCCCUCAACUUUAACCCUCCUGCUCCCCCUUCCCCUGCUCCCCCCUCUGCAAUGACUCUGGUCUCCUCUCCUUGCCUUCCCCCUGCCACUGACACUCUGCAGCCUGUGAGUGUCAUGCAGACUCCAGCAGCUGGCCAGAAGAGGCCCUCUGAGGAGUCAAACACCCCCAGUGCUCCUAAGUGCCCAAAGCAACUCCCUGGCAAGCAUGUCAACAAUGCGGUGGACCUCACAAAGGCAACAAAGAAGUCCGUCACCCUCAAGGAGAAGCUUGCAGUGAAGGACCAGGAGAUAUUAGCUGAAAAAGCUAAAUCACUUGCUGCUCAAGCUAAACUGAUGAAGCUCCUUGAAUGUGAGAGGAGCAAAAAGAGGAAAGAAGAUGAGGCUGUCUCCACCCUCAUUCUGAAGCCUCUGGGACAGGCAGGGCAUGGGGAGAAAUGGAAUGGUUAUAGGCUCAUAGAGGCCAUGGGCCUCAAGGACCAAAAGGAGCUUUUCAACAACAUGAACAACAUGAACAUCACUGAACACCCUCCUGCCCUCCUCUCAACAAUCUACAAGCAGGUUAAGGAGAAGUCCCCACAGCUUGCUGCCUUUGAUGAGGACUGGCCCACCUGA